AUGAACAACCUUGGCACCGCACUGUUGAAUCGCUUCGAGCGGCGGGGCAAUCUCGCAAAUAUUGACCGGGCGAUUUCAGUGGAAGAGGACGCAGUACGCCUCACUCCUCAUGACCAUCCUGACAAGCCGAGGUAUUUGAGCAGCCUUGGCACCGCACUGUUGACUCGCUUCGAGCGGCUGGGCAAUCUCGCAGAUAUUGACCGGGCGAUUUCAGUGGAAGAGGACGCAGCACGCCUCCCUCCUCAUGACCAUCCUGACAAGCCGAGGUAUUUGAACAACGUUGGCACCGCACUGUUGAAUCGCUUCGAGCGGCUGGGCAAUCUCGCAGAUAUUGACCGGGCGAUUUUAGUGCGAGAGGACGCAGUACGCCUCGCUCCUCAUGACCAUCCUGACAAGCCGAGGUAUUUGAACAACCUUGGCACCGUACUGUUGACUCGCUUCAAGCGGCUGGGAAAUCUCGCAGAUAUUGACCGGGCGAUUUCAGUGGAAGAGGACGCAGUACGCCUCAUUCCUCAUGACCACCCUGACAAGCCGACAUGUUUGAGCAACCUAGGCAGCUCGUUAUUUACCCGCUUCAAGCAUCUCCACGAUGUUGCUUCUCUCAAUAAUGCUAUAUUGGCUUUCUCUGCCGCCGCCCGUUCAUCAGCAGGUCCCUCUUCCGUUCGUCUUCGGGCAGCCUUGCAAUGGAUUCGUUGCGCUCAUCUUAUUCCCUCCGAAUCUCUUCUUAAUGCCUACGCCUUAGCCAUUGACCUAAUCCCUCAGGCAGCAUGGCUUGGUCUCCCCCUCCAAGACCGUCACCGCGAACUCCUAGUACGAGCGGCAGAUGUUGUACGAGAUGCAGCAGCCGAUGCUCUGGCACGUGGGUACUACAACACAGCUGUUGAAAGGCUCGAGCUGAGCCGUUCAGUUGUUUGGAGCCAGCUGUUGCAGCUUCGCACCCCCCUCGAUGAGCUGCAGAGUCGUGAUUCAACGCUUGCGAAUAGACUCCGUCAAGUCUCGUAUGAAUUGGAACAGGGUAGUGGCAAUGACAUGAUUAGAAUUGAGAUGAAGAAUGAUAUUAAGUUAUCCCUGGAGGAACAGGUUGGGCGAUACUAUGGACUCGCAAUGGAGCGCGAAACGAUUCUCUCAGAGGUCCGGUGCCUUCCCGGUCUUGAAAGAUUUUUGCUGCCAAAGACUGUUUCACAACUCGCUCCUUCGGCACAUUCAGGACCCGUCGUGAUCCUCAACGCUAGCCAGUACGGAUGCGACGCAUUGGUUCUCCUGGCUGAAUCAGACGAUGUGCUUCAUGUCCCUCUCGCUGAUAUCACAUACGACCAAGUGCAGAAAUUGCAGGAAUCCCUCAAUCAACUACUUUCCGAGAAUGGCCGUGUCCUUUCGCCGAUGGACAGGGCUAUUGAAUUUUCACCAAUAAACCGAAGUCCUGAUGAAUCAUUUAAGCUCAUUCUCUCGGUAUUGUGGAAGAAGGUUGUACGACCGGUGUUGGAUGCCCUUGCUCUUUCGACUCCAAAUGCGGGAGAACUGUCUCGGGUUUUCUGGUGUCCCACUGGUCCAUUUUCAUUCCUCCCCAUCCAUGCUGCAGGUCUUUAUGACGACGCCGAUACAGGACCGAAGCUCUCGGAUUUCGUCAUCUCGUCUUAUACACCCACCCUCAGUGCUCUCGCCCUACCAUCGCAUGAAGGCACUACUGCAAAUACCAUGUGCCUUGCUGUUGUCCCUCAGCCGGCAUCAGACGGGCUGACUCGGCUGCCAGGUGCACAAAUAGAGAUUGGACAUAUCAAGACGAUGCUUCAAAGCUCUCCAUCUACCCCCGUCUCACUCGUGGAGUCCAUCGGUACCGUGGACGAUGUACUGACCAAGAUGAAGGAAUCAGACUGGAUCCAUAUCGCGUGCCACGGAGUGCAAAACGCCCACAGUCCCCUCGACAGUGGAAUUGUGCUUGCUGGUGGCCGUCACUUGAUGCUUAGGGACGUUAUCAAGUUGGCGCGUCGUCGUGGAGGACUUGCGUUCCUCUCCGCCUGCCAGACCGCUACGGGCAAUGAAGACCUUCCCAAAGAGGCCGUUAAUCUUGCUACAGGCAUGCUGCUCGCUGGUUAUGGCGGAGUAGUUUCCACGAUGUGGUCGAUAAAGGACAGUGACGCGCCUGAGGUGGUGAAGAGCGUGUAUGAACAACUGUUCCAGGAUGGCAAUCUGCCCGACUACAGGCAGGCUGCAAAGGCAUUGCACUACGCGGUCAAGCGUCUUCGCGAGGAGCAUAACGUGCCUUUUGUGUCAUGGGCUUCGUUCGUACAUAUCGGUCUGUGA